UGCAACCGACUUCAUUUGCAGAGUGAAUAACUGCAAAGUAGGUGUCAUUUAUGUGGCACUGCUUUUAAGGUCCUCAUUUCUAUUUCCUUAUACUGAAAGGAAGAUAAAGAGAGCAAAGUAUCAAAUGGAAGAAGAAGUUGGAACAAACGUUGAGAGCUUGGUUCCUCCAAGUCUGAACUCAGAAGAGGGAUCUGAAAGAGAAGAAGAAGUUGAGAAUAAGGUGAAAGAAGAUGAUGAUGAUGAUGAUGUUGGAAAAGAAGAGAAGGAUAGUGGUAGUAUUAUUAACAACUUCAUUUCUUUCAUCACACCGUUGAGUCCAAAACCCUCUCAGCAUGCUGAUGAUGAUGAUGACGGUGGAGAAAAGGGAGGGGUUAUCAGAAAAAUGGUUUCGAGUUUCUUCCAUCAAAGUGAAGCUGAAGAAAGGGUGGUGGUAAGACAAGAGGAGAAGGAGGAAGAAGAAAUCAUGGCUGAUGAAAAAGCCAAACGGUUCAAGACAGAAAAUGGAGGCAUCAUUCAUAACAUUGCUUCUCAUUUGCCUGCUCCAGUAACAGAUGAUGCAGUUCCUACGGCAGAUGAAGCCACUUUCUUAAUUAACUCUCUUGUUCGUGACUAACCAAUGAAGUUCUUCGAUGUCUUUUUUUCUUUUGGGAUUUUUGUUUGGUUGGUUUAUGGUGCCACUUGUAGUUCUUGUUAGUGUGAAUGAUUCGAAAUAGCAGAUGUGGAUUAUUAAUAAUCGCUAUUUGGUCCUUUUCUUUUA